AGGAUUUGAAGGCAGACUUUUUCAAAAAAACUAAAAACAACUUCAACAAUGGCAGCCAAUUGUGUAUAUAUACAUAUAUUAUAUACAUGAAGAGAUUGGUUUUAUGGAGUCUCAACAGCCUUCUGAAAGAGGUAGAUAGAAUUAAGAAAUGACAUUCAAUUUCAAUAAUGGCUGACAGUACAGCAGGUGGAACCAUGCAUCGUUAAGCUUCCAUGGCUGGCUUUUCUUGUCGGAUAUUACUGUUUCAUCAAUUAACAAAUCGACUACUUGGCAUUAUUUACCUUUUUCUAAGCCAACGUCGCCUAUAUUAGCUUAAAUUAAUCCAUGACUUUCUGUCUACGACUGCCGACUAUGAUUCUCCAGUUUGAAAACGACUAUUGGCCCAGAUAACGAAAACUCCAUUAAAAUACACCCUCAACUUUUGCAUCAAAUACAUCCAAAUUUCAGUAGAAAGCUUCCUUCAUCUUCCAUUGAAUCACAAGCAGAACAUCCUCAAAGUUGAUUUCAGAUUUGCAGAACAGAGAGAUGAAUGUUCAGAAAUCUUGCUUGAAAGAGGAAGUAGGAAGGGUUAAUAGAAUCAGAGCAAAAGACCCACCAAAAUUACAGAGUUUGCAACUAAAACCAGUCUCUGAUUCUUUCAACAAUAUGGUCGUUGACCACAAAAGUUCCUCUUCCUCAGAGAGAAAAAUUCGACAACCCGAAAAUCUGAGAAAACCCAGCAUUUCACUUCCUAAGCCGGUCGUUGUUUCUUCUAUUAAGUCAGUCAGCGAAUUGGAUUCUGCUGCAACUAAGCUACAAAAGGUCUACAAAAGCUAUAGAACCAGAAGGAACCUGGCAGAUUGUGCAGUUGUGGUUGAGGAGCUAUGGUGGAAAGCUUUAGACUUUGCAGCUCUCAAGGUAAGCUCUGUGUCAUUCUUCGACGUCCAAAAGACAGAAACCGCUACGUCUCGCUGGUCUCGGGCAAGGACAAGAGCUGCGAAGGUUGGGAAAGGUUUAUCAAAGGAUGAGAAUGCUCAAAAACUAGCUCUACAACACUGGCUUGAAGCAAUUGAUCCUCGCCACCGCUAUGGACAUAACUUGCAUUUCUACUAUGAUGUUUGGUUCGACAGCAAGAGCACUCAACCUUUCUUCUACUGGUUGGAUAUUGGUGAUGGGAAGAGGGAAAAUCUUGAGAAGUGCCGUAGAUCAGUUCUGUAUAAGCAAUGCAUCAAGUACCUUGGACCAAAAGAAAGGGAGGAGUACCAGGUGAUUGUGGAGAAUGGAAAGCUUGUUUACAAGCAAAGCAGAAUACCGGUCAACACGGUUGAAGAUUCCAAGUGGAUUUUUGUACUCAGCACAUCAAGAGAUCUGUAUGUGGGGCAGAAGAAGAAAGGUCUCUUUCAACACUCCAGCUUCCUGUCUGGAGGGGCUAUAACAGCUGCAGGAAGAUUGGUCGCCAUUGAUGGAAUUCUUAAGGCUAUAUGGCCAUACAGUGGUCAUUACCUCCCAACAGAGAACAAUUUUAAGGAGUUCAUUAGUUUCCUUGAAGAACAUACAGUGGACUUGACCAAUGUUAAGAGGUGUUCAGUAGAUGAUGACAACUACUCAUAUGAAGACGCGAGCAAAGAAACAUUGACAAUAACAUCUCCAGAAGACAUGGUUUCAGAUGAUGUCGAUUUGGCAGUACCCGUCAAGUUGGUUACAACUAAUGAGCAGCACGUGAAUCCGGGCAGCAGCAGAGAGGCACCAUUGAUAGACAUACCAAAGCGCUUGCUGUGCAGAUGGAGCAGUGGAGUUGGCCCCAGAAUUGGGUGUGUGAAGGAGUAUCCAGCAGAGUUGCAAGCACGGGCACUGGAGCAAGUGAACUUGUCACCAAGACCCUCACCGGGUUUCUUCGGAGGCUCGCUUCCGAUACCUUCACCACGGCCGAGCCCGAAGAUCAGGAUGUCUCCUAGGCUCUCAUAUAUGGGGAUCCCCAGCCCCAGGGUGCCUGUGAGUCUGUGACAGAGCCCAUCUAAGUCUCUGAUUUGGAUCGCAUUUUCAUGUAAAUGGUACUCAUCCUUGUUAUUUCUACCUCUAAUGAUUUGAAAAGUACAUAUCCUGUUUCACUGGAUCAUUUUCUUCCCUGGAAUAAAGAACAAAAUUCAUUUUCCAAUCCCCCAAACGUGAGGAAAAGGGAAAACAACUUUAUAGUUCAGGG